AUGAGUAAACACCUCUAUCUCGUGGUCUGGACAACUACAGGACCACUGAUCCACACCAAGCUGGGAGCCCUCAGAGGCGAGUACUUGCGAGUGAGGGGAAAGACGACAGUGGUGCACUCGUACCUGGGCGUGCCCUUUGCUAAGCCACCUGUGGGACCCCUCAGGUUGGCCCCACCCCAACCUGUGCAGGGAUGGGAGGGAGUCAGGGAUGCCACCAAGCAACCACCUAUGUGUCUACAGAAUCGACAGAUAUCUAUAGACUUUGCAGCAAUGCUUAACAUGGUUAUGGAGCUUCCUGAAGUGUCUGAGGACUGUCUCUAUCUGAAUGUUUACACUCCUGCCAAACCUGCUGAAGAUGCCAAGUUACCAGUCAUGGUGUGGAUCCAUGGGGGAGCGUUAAUCAUGGGCUCUGCCUCCUUCUAUGAUGGAUCUGUCCUGUCUGUCCAUCAGAACGUGGUGGUGGUGCUGAUUCAGUAUAGGCUGGGAUUGAUGGGCUUUUUCAGCACUGGCGAUGAUAACGCCCCUGGAAACAUGGGUUUCCUUGACCAGGUGGCUGCACUGCGGUGGGUCCAGGAGAACAUCCAGAGCUUUGGAGGGGACCCCUCUUCUGUCACCAUAUUCGGAGAGUCGGCAGGAGCAGUGAACGUCUCAAUGCAGGUCCUUUCACCAUUGAGCAAUGGCCUUUUCCACCGUGCAAUUACAGGGAGUGGUGCCGCCACAAUAGAAACCUUCGUUAGCCUAGAGCCUAUGCGAACAGCUAAGAUUGUGGCCAAUGCUGUGAAAUGUACUGGCACCAAGCCACACCAGAUUGCUGACUGUGUGAUGAAGAUGUCGACAGAAGACAUCUUAAAGGUUGCAGAGACAGAAGACUGGAUUAUCGACUUGAUUGUAAAUGAGUAUUUGGGUAGUGGAGAGAAUCGGAUCAAAAACAGAGAUGGAUUCUUAGAGCUCUGUGGAGAUAUUCUCUUCAUCAUUCCUAUCAUCAAGCUAUCAAAUGUUCACAGAGACUCUGGUGCACCAGUUUACAUGUACGAGUUGCAGCACCGUCCAAGCACAGUGUAUGACAGACGUCCAAGUUUCGUUAAAGUGGACCAUGGAGAUGACAUUGUGUAUGUCUUUGGGAGCUGCUUCAUGAAAAGCCACGUCAAGAUUAACGCCACCUUCACGGAAGAGGAAGAUGAGCUUUGUAGAAGAGUUAUGUCAUACUGGGGAAACUUUGCUCGAACUGGAUCUCCCAAUGGUCCUGGGUUGACCCACUGGCCGAUGUACGGUGCUGGGGAAGAGUACUUGGGGAUCGGGCUGAAGCAGCAGGUGGGAAGCCACCUGAGGGCCAACCGCUUCACCUUCAUGACGGAGACUCUUCCCAAGAAGAUACAACAGCAGAAGCAGCAGCGCAGUGAUGAGCUGUAGAAGGCUGAGCCUCAGAUCCCCUCUCUCCUCACAUUAAACCAAUGCUUCCAUUA